GCGGCCGCCAUCUUCCAGGCGUGACCGUCCGUGACCAGGCGUGACCGUCUGUGACCGCUGCGACCAUGACCAACACCAAGGGCAAGAGGCGGGGGACCCGCUACAUGUUCUCGCGGCCCUUCCGCAAGCACGGCGUGGUGCCGCUGGCCACCUACAUGCGCAUCUACAAGAAAGGCGACAUCGUGGACAUCAAGGGCAUGGGCACGGUGCAGAAGGGCAUGCCGCACAAGUGCUACCACGGGAAGACGGGGCGCGUGUACAACGUGACGCAGCACGCCGUGGGCAUCAUCAUCAACAAGCAGGUCAAGGGCCGCAUCCUGGCCAAGCGCAUCAACGUGCUCAUCGAGCACGUGAAACACUCCAAGAGCCGCGACAGCUUCCUGCGCCGCGUCAAGGAGAACGAGCAGAGCAAGUGCGAGGCCCGCGAGCGCGGAACGUGGGUGCAGCUCAAGCGCCAGCCGGCGCCGCCCCGCGACGCGCACUUCGUGAGGACCAACGGGAAGGAGCCCGAGCUGCUGGAGCCCAUCCCCUACAAGUUCAUGGCCUGACACGCGUGUCCGCGCCCGGGGACCCCGUCACC